AUGGAAGAAAUACAAGAAUACAUACAAUUAAAUUUAACAUUUAGAAUUAUUCCUCUUGAUAAAGAGAAUAAUCAUAUCAAAGCAUUAGAUGGAAGUAAAUGUACUCUUAAAAGCAGAGGAAUCAAAAAUGGAAGAGAAAAAGAAUUCUUAAAUAAUUUCGAUACUAUUACUUAAGUUCAAUUCAAAUAAAAAAACUAAGAUUAUAAUUUAGAUUCUAUGAUAAAACAUUAAAAAGAAAUUGGGUUUUUUAAAUAAUGAAUAAUCAAAGAAAGGCUACUUUUGGGAAAUUUUCAAGAUUCUUGAAAAGGGACUCAUUAUUAUCUUUUUAACAUUUUAUGGAGAUUUAAUCAUCAUUAAAAGGGCUUAUGUGUUUACCAUUGUUUUUAUAUAUUAAGUAUUGACAAGAAAAUAAUAUUCUUAACAUAUUCCUUAAUUAAAUUUGAUUUAUGAAUUAGGCACGCUUAUUUGUGGUGCUUCUAAAGUAAUUUCAAUAAAAAUCUAUUAAGCAGACCAAUCAUAUAAUUUUUCAUUUUUAUAUCUUUCCCAUUCGGCUAAAUGA